AGCAUUUUUUUGUUUUGUUGAACCCCUUCCCGUUGUCUCUUUUUUUUUCCUCUUUCACUUUGGUGCCCAUUUUCCUCUCUCACCCCUUUGCGAGCUGAUUUUUCACGGUGUUCUUUCACGAUGCGCCCGAUGCGCUUUCUUAUCUUUCCCUGCCACAGACCGGAAGCAGCGCUCGAAAGCCAGCUUGUGUCGGCUUUCCGGGCGGCCACUCUACCCGACGCGGAAACGCUCGAUCUCCGUCAGCCAUCGCCAUUGUCCCCGGGUUCGACUGAUCCGGCACUUCACCCCCAUCAUCAUCAUCAUCAUCAUUUGCAGCAGCAGCAGCACCAUCACCACCAUCACCAUGGGGGCGCGUUGGGGUUGCCUGAGUACAGCCGGAAGCGAUCGCAUCGCCACAGCGAACUACCUGCGGGUGGGUUUUUCCCAGGGAGUGACCUAGUGCCGGGUGGGAAAAAGGGAAAAUUCUCGGCGGCUGCAACGGCGGCAGCGGCUGCAGCUGCAGUGGCCGCUAACUACUACGACAAUGCAUAUCUUUCGUUCGAGAAGAGCCUGCGGGGUGCGUUUGGUGGACCGGAAGCGUUAGCUGCUGGACCGUUGAUGGAGGCGCCUGGUGGUCCUGGUGGAGGCGCCCUCGAGCCGUAUGGUGCGGGUGCAGGUGGUCAUUUGUUGAGUCCGAUUAAUUACACGCUGACGGCUGAGGCCAUUAACAGGCGCAUCCGGAGUACGCUCGGGUUGGACGAUCCGGAUCCGACCGGGAAAGGUCCGAUGCCGGACGAUCCGUGUUGCCCGGGGAUGGCCAGCCCGGACUGGAUGUUGCGCCGUGGAGGUGCGGGAAGUGGACCGGCACUUGCCGAGACGCGUCCUUACACUCAUAGUCCUGGUUUGCCCCCGGGGACACCUGGAACGUUGUACGAGGAGCACAAGUUUGGACCGUUCUCGCCGGUUGGUGCCGGAGCGUUACACGACGAUAACAACAACGUGGAUAAGAAGGCGUUCCAGGAGUAGGAAGUGGUUGGAAAUCUUUGGUAAACUCGACUGAUAGGUGCGAAAAUUUCGAGACAAGAUGGGAGAUAAAUUAUAUUACUUAUGACGUAAUGGAGAGCAUCGUUUGAGCCGAUUGGUGAUUGAGUUAUUUUCUUUUUUUCUUAUUUUAUUUCAUUUUCCAAAAAAAAAGAUAUAAUCUACUGCUUAUCAAAAAAAAAAAAAUUGUGAUUUAAUUUCACGAUCUAAAUUGAAACUAAAUUUAAAGAAAAAAGACACAUUCGUUUACAUUGUGAGCUUCGAGUGUGGAUUGCACAUAUUUAACGAACGGAACUGAUGCCUAUCACCAGAUAUAAGAAACACGUCUUUUGGGACAUUGAACGAACAAUUCGCUUUCUGAUUAACGAUAACAAGCAGCAUUCGAUACACGAUUUAUGAGCUAUAUCUUAUACGCGCACCAUUUAUAGUACGGCAUGGUGCAGGCCGAGCGUUUGGUACGGUAACCCCACAUAGAUAAUCAUAAAAAGAAUUCAAAAGAAGCAGAAAAAAUCUAUCCCCCUCCUUCCCUCUCUCUCUCUCACACACACCCCCUACACAGAUUCUCUUUGCUGAAAAGAAAAACCUUGGUGAUUAAUCUAGACUGAUUAGAUAAUAUACAACGCAUCGGCAUACGUAUACAUAUAUAUAUUAGUAGCGAUCGGUAUAUAUGCAUUGGAGCUGGGUUGAGAUGAAACGAUCGAGUUUGAAAAUUGGCAAAUCCCACACAUACUGAUAGUGCGAAGGUGGGGCUAUUAACGCACCUCGUGCAGGAAACAUAACGAUAUUUGUAUAACGUAAAAAACCAAAAUCAUUAGCAGCGAGAAAGCGCACACAUAGGAACCGUAAUCCUUUGGCACGGACCGGGUCGCUGAUCAUUUCCGACUAAUGAACGAUUCAAAGCGAAUGAAAUAAAGCACGUUAAAACAUUCUUCCCGAAUUUGUAUCGCAUCAUCCCUCCCUUGUUCGGCGAAUGUGUGUA